AUGCGUGUGUUUCGCCAGUCAUGGACCGUUGUGCAUAACAGAUGUUCCGCCAGACCGCGCUUCUUGACAGUGUCUUCCGCAAGCCGAAGCCACACUAGGCCGCAUCAAGUGCCACAAAACGUGCGCCAGAGGAAGCUUCUGAGACCAGCGAAGACUUUUCGUGCAGAGACCGGGCGGCGCGCAGAAGAUGCUGGUCUUCAUUUCCUGUCAGCACCGACACAAGCUGAUGCUCCCGUGUCUCAGCGAAACCCACAAUCUAAGAAGUGGCGUUCUAAAGUGAAGACGGCAGCGACCCCUGACAUUUUAUUGGGAAUGCUCCAGGAAGCCCAGAAACAGGCGCAGAUGGAUGCCAGUGUCAUUGGGGCAGCAGUGCAGCAUUGUGGCUUUCAGAGAUGGUGGUUUGCUCUCUUACAGGUGCACCAGCUCCAUAAGCGAUACAAGUUGGAUCCUGGUAUCGGCCGGCAUCUGUUACUGAGUGCACUAGCUCGAUGUAUGAAGGACAAGACGUUGGAUGUCGCGGAAUUGGCAGCACGCGGGCCAAAAGCUCUAGAGCUCGGAAAGCAGACGUGGAAAGCCAUGCCGGAGUUGACUUCUGAAGUUGCUUUCUGCGCUGCACUUGGGAGUGCUUGGAGCUUAUGCGAUGCAGUGGGCUCAGCAGAUGCGGUGCAGUGGGCCAACGAACUGCAUGCAUGGUCAGAAAGCCAAAGCUUCACUGCCACAGCUCAGACUCGCACUCCACUUCUUCUGGUCCUCGAGAAGCACAGGCAGCACGACCGAGUCAACACACUUUUGAGACAGAUGUUGGAGAAAAAGAUGAUUGAUGAAGUUCUUCUGAGCGGCUUGAUUGACUCCGCUGGACAAGGCUUUAUGUGUCGCAGGGUUGAGCAACUUUGGCGCAGGUUCACAAACAAGUACAAGGUUCGGCCCAAUGCUAUCUGUUAUGUGGCCUAUGCAAAAGCACAUCUACUAUCAGGCAAAGCCGUUGCAGCUGUGCAAAUCCUGCGUAAUUUCGAUGGCCUAGAUGUAGCUGGGAUCCAAGAGGCCGCCCCGCAUGCCGCUAUUGUCUUUUUGCAGGCAUUGGCUAUUGUCUACCAUUCUAACAUGAACGGACAAACCAAACAAGAGCUGUUGCAGUACCUCAACGAGAAGCGUGAGUUCGCCUCCAUACAGCACACUGUGCACAUGAAGGAUCAAUGGGCGCAGUUGUAUUCUACAAGCAGAAGACUUGUAUCCCGGCCUCACAAAUUCUUGCUCCACGACUUGCUUCACUAUGACAACGCAAAGAGACGAAGCAAGAUGAUGCAUUGGGAUAACUUCAAAGCUGGGAGCAAGUACCUGCAGGUCAUGUCGGAGAUGGAAGGCUAG